AUGUCUUCUAGCCCUAUGGACAUUGAUCCUUCACCUGCGGCUGGAACAAAGCGGAAGGCAGAGGAAGACCCGGACGAGUCUCGUGCUGCCCGUCGCAUUCGGGCUCUUGACCCCAACGUUGUCAACAAGAUCGCCGCAGGAGAGAUCAUUGUUGCCCCUGUCAAUGCUCUGAAGGAAUUGAUUGAGAACUCGGUCGAUGCUGGUGCCACUGCACUCGAAGUCUUGGUCAAGGACGGCGGCCUCAAACUCCUCCAGAUCACCGACAAUGGCUGCGGCAUCCAGAAAGAAGACAUGGACAUUCUCUGCGAACGACACACUACCUCCAAGAUCACCGCCUUUGAGGACCUUGCUUCCAUCGCCACCUACGGCUUCAGAGGCGAGGCAUUGGCAAGCAUCAGCCACAUCGCCCAUCUUUCCGUCACCACCAAGACCAAGGAUUCGGAUUGCGCCUGGCGCGCCGCCUACCUCGAUGGCAAGCUGGCCCCUGCCAAACCCGGCCAGUCGGCUGAGCCCAAGCCUACGGCUGGACGCCAGGGCACCCAGAUCAGCGUUGAAGACAUGUUCUAUAACAUACCAACGCGUCGACGGGCUUUCAGGUCGCCUGCUGAAGAGUACAACAAGAUCAUCGACAUCGUCGGCCGAUACGCCAUCCACUGCAAGGGAGUCGCCUUCUCGUGCAAAAAGUACGGCGAAUCGGGCACCAGUGUCUCCAUCCAGGCAACGGCGACCGAGGUCGACCGCAUUAGGCAGAUUCACGGAUCAAGUGUUGCCAACGAGCUGAUGCAAUUCUCAACAUCCGAAGACCGCUGGGGCUUCAAGGCUACCGGCUGGGCCACGAAUGCCAACUACAACAUCAAGAAAACCACCUUCCUCCUCUUCAUCAAUCACCGCUGUGUCGAGUCCACCAACAUCAAAAAGGCCCUCGAACAGUUGUACUCGUCAUUCCUGCCCAAGGGCGGUCGGCCUUUCAUCUACAUCAGCUUGGAGAUCGACCCCGCCCGCGUCGAUGUCAACGUGCAUCCGACAAAGCAGGAGGUGCAUUUUCUGAACGAGGACGAUAUCAUCCAGUCGAUAUGCGAGCACAUUCGAUCGCAGCUCGCCGAGGUGGACACAAGCCGCACAUUUAUGACACAAAGCCUGCUUCCGGGCAGCCAUCUGGUGGACGCGCCCCUUCAGGCCGAGGAUGAGGGUGUACCGGCGACGCCGGCGACUCCUGCGCGAGAAACACCAGGCUCGAAACGGCCGCGGAGGAACUCUAACAGUCUCGUUCGCACCGACACGAGCCUACGCAAAAUUACCAGCAUGCUCCCAUCCACUAUAGCAACAACACCCUCCAAGGCCUCUCCCGCGGCGGCGGCAACAGCGGCUGGAUCAGCUGACCAGAAUGUCUUGUCUGCCUCGGAAGAUAUUCGUUACGAGAUGGUGGACAGGCCCUUUGCGCCGAUGAGGCUCACUAGCGUCAAGGAGCUUCGUGCCGAGGUCAGAGAGGAAAUGCACAGUGACCUAACGGACAUUUUUGCCAAUCAUACAUUCGUCGGCAUCGUCGACGAGCGUCGCCGCCUCGCCGCCAUCCAGAGCGGUAUCAAGUUGUACCUCAUUGACUACGGCCGCACCUGCUAUGAGUACUGUUACCAAGUUGGUCUAACGGAUUUUGGCAAUUUUGGCACCAUUCGGUUCACGCCACCGCUGGAUUUGCGGGAGAUUCUCCGUAUGGGCGCCGAGAUCGAGAAGAGCAACAUUGAGUCUCCCGAUGAGGAUUUCGAUGUCGAUGAUGUCAUCGAAAAGGUCGCUGCCCAGCUGAUUGAGCGACGCGAGAUGCUUAGCGAGUACUUCUCGCUCGAGGUCACCCCUGCAGGCGAGCUCCUCACCAUCCCCCUCCUGAUUAAGGGCUAUACGCCCGCCAUGGUCAAACUGCCACGAUUUCUGCUGCGUCUAGGGCCCUGCGUCGACUGGACAGAGGAGAAGCCGUGCUUCGAUACGUUCCUGAAGGAGCUGGCGUCUUUCUAUGUGCCCGAGCAGCUGCCACCGAUCAUCGGCGGCGAGGCCGACGAAAACGAGGGCGGGGAUACGCUGGAUGGUCAAGUCGCGGACAGGCGGAAGAAUGUGCGUUGGGCGAUGGAGCACGUGUUUUUCCCUGCCUUCAAGGCGAGAUUAGUUGCGACGACGCCGCUGAUGAAGGCUGCUGUGCUCGAGGUUGCCGAUCUUAAGGGCUUAUACCGGGUGUUUGAAAGGUGUUGA